CGCGGUCUCUCGCGCUGCGCCCUCUCUGCUACGCGCCCUGCACCCCGGGCCACCCCUGACCAUGAGCGCUCCGCCGACGCUGCCCCCCGGGGGCGAGGAAGGGCUGGAGACGGCCUGGCCCCCCGCGGGCAACGCCAGCCGCGCGCCGGCAGCGGAGAAAACGGCGCAGGGGAACGAGGGAGCUGCGGGCAUGGUCACCAUCCAGUGCAUUUACGCACUGGUGUGCCUGCUGGGCCUCGUGGGCAACGCCCUGGUCAUCUUCGUGAUCCUUCGCUACGCCAAGAUGAAGACGGCCACCAACAUCUACCUGCUCAACCUGGCCAUUGCGGACGAGCUCUUCAUGCUGAGCGUGCCCUUCGUGGCCUCGUCGGCCGCUCUGCGCCACUGGCCCUUCGGGUCAGUGCUGUGCCGCGCGGUGCUCAGCGUCGACGGCCUCAACAUGUUCACCAGCGUCUUCUGCUUGACCGUGCUCAGCGUGGACCGCUACGUCGCCGUGGUGCACCCCCUGCGCGCCGCCACCUACCGGCGGCCCAGCGUGGCCAAGCUCAUUAACGUGGGCGUGUGGCUGGCGGCCUUGCUUGUCACUCUGCCCAUCGCCAUCUUCGCAGACACGAGGCCGGCCCGGGGUGGCCAGGCCGUGUCCUGCAACCUGCAUUGGCCGCACCCGGUCUGGUCGGGGGUCUUCGUGGUCUAUACCUUCCUGCUGGGCUUCCUGCUGCCCGUCCUGGCCAUCGGCCUGUGCUACCUGCUCAUCGUGGGCAAGAUGAGAGCCGUGGCGCUGCGGGCCGGCUGGCAGCAGCGCAGGCGCUCGGAGAAGAAGAUCACGCGGCUGGUGCUGAUGGUGGUGGCCGUCUUUGUGCUCUGCUGGAUGCCUUUCUACGUGGUGCAGCUGCUGAACCUGUUCGUGACCAGCCUCGACGCCACUGUCAACCACGUGUCCCUCAUCCUCAGCUAUGCCAACAGCUGCGCUAACCCCAUUCUCUAUGGCUUCCUCUCCGACAACUUCCGCCGUUCCUUCCAGCGGGUUCUCUGCCUGCGCUGCUGCGUCCUGGAUGCCGCCUGCAGGGGCGCGGAGGAAGAGCCCCUGGACUAUUAUGCGACUGCCCUCAAGAGCAGAGAGGGGGCAGGGUGCAUGUGUCCCGCACUCCCCUGCCAGCAGGAGCCGGUGCAACCGGAACCCAGCUGCAAGCACCUCCCCUUCGCCAGGACCACCACCUUCUGAAGACCCUCUCCAAGGAGACCACCUCCUAAGGCCUCUGUAUCCACCACCCCCUUCCAGCCCUGCAGACGGACCUCUCCUGGGUGCAGUUCCAAGAACCACCACCUGUUCCCACAAAGCCACCUCCUUCCAGCAGUCUGUGUGUUCAUCUGGGGAGUGUCAAAGUCCUUCUAUUGUUUUCCUGUCCCCAGGAGUUUGGCUUUCAAAGGAUACCUGGAUGGAGCUUGGUCUAGGGGUUAAUCCCUCUUGAACCCCUGGCCCCAGGGGGAAUGACCAUCCACCUGUGAUUUAUUACAGCAACUCUGCUUGAGUGAGGCCCACAUCCCUGUUCUCUGCAGACUCCUGUUGGGGGCACAGCAUGUCCGGAGAGAGGAGAAGAAGAAUGAGACGUCUCCAGGCACACUCCCCUUGCUUCUGUUCGUGGGCUCCUGGUUGCUAAGUGACAUUUAUUCACAACAGCCGGGGUGCUUGCUUUGUCACACCCCCCCACCCCACCCCCUGGCUGAACAGCUUCUUGCAAUCAUACAUGUGUUCUAGGCCAUCCUGGGCUGGUUGCAGGCUUCCUGUGAGUGGGAAAGGUUUGGAGAAACAUGACAUGGGCUUGUUACGAAGCGUAAAACCAGGUCAGUAAUAAACAGGC